GAGUAAGGAAAACAGCCUCUCAUUGUCCAACCUCAGUGAAAUAUCUACAAGAUCAUUUUCUUGCUAAUAUUGGCAUGUUUUGAUUCGCAGAUGAUGUAUGUUGUGCUGUUAUGCUAGUUGAAUCUUCUGCAUCUUACAAAAUACCACUUGUGGGAAUAAUGAACCAGGAGAGUGGUGACCUACCACAGUAAUUUGGUGGGUGUAUCAGGCAUCUGAACCAGAGCAAGUCCAUCUUGAGUAGGGGCUGGGUAAAAUGAGGCCGAGACCUACUAGGCUGCAUUCCCAGAUGAUUAAGGCAUUCUAAGUCACAGGAUGAGAUAGGAGGUUGGUACAAGGUACAGGUCAUAAAGACCUUGCUGAUAAAAGAGUUUGCAGUAAAGAAACCAGCCAAAACCCACCAAAACCAAGAUGGCCACGAGAGUGAACUCUGUCCUCACAGCUACCCUCCUACCAGUGCCAGUGACAGUUUACAAAUGCCAUGACAACAUCAGGAAGUUACCCUAUAUGGUCUGCAAAGGGGAGGCAUGAAUAAUCCACCCCUUGUUUAGCAUACAAUCAAGAAAUAACUGUAAAAAUGGGCAACCAGCAGCCCUCAGGGCUGCUCUGCCAAUGAGUAGCCAUUCUUUUAUUAUUUUUUUUCUCAGUAAACUUGCUUUCACUUUAUGGAGUUGCCCUGAAUUUCUUUCUUGCAUGAGAUCCAAAAACCCUCUCUUGGGGUCUGGAUUGGGACCCUUUUCCUGUAACAGAUAUACUAUAAAUAUUUUAAUGUUGAGUGCUAACUAUGCAAGGUAUAGUGAACAUUCACCUCCUCAAAACCUUGAGAUUUUUUUUUUAUUUGUUAUAUCCGUUGGUUUUUUUGGCGGGGGUUGUUUCGUUUUGAGACAAGGUCUUGCUCUGUCAGCCAGGCUGGAGUGCAGUGGUACAAUCUCAGCUCACUGCAACCUCCCCCUCCCAAGUUCAAGGGAUUCUUACACCUCAGCCACUAGAGUAGCUGAGAUUACAAGCAUGCACCACCAUGCCCAGCUAACUCUUAUAUUUUUAGUAUUUUUAGUAGAGACAGGGUUUUGCUAUGUUGGCCAGGCUGGUCUCGAACUCUUGGCCUCCUGUGAUAGCCCGCCUUGGCCUCCCAAAAUACUGGGAUUAUAGGCAUGAGCCAGGCCCAUUGCUUUUAAAGAUGCGAAAAGCAGAGAUCAAAGAGGUUACUUGGUAGAUGCCACAGGUAAGGAAAUUAACAGCAAACCCAGGUCUGAAUCCAAAGCCCAUACUCUCAAGUGCAUGUGUUUUAGGCCAGGCAAGGUGCCUGUAAUCUUAACACUUUGGGAAGCCAAGUCUGGAGGAUCACGUGAGGCCAUGAAUUCAAAACCAGGCUGGGCAGCAUAGGGAGACCCUAUCUCUACUAAAUGAAAAUAACCGGGCUAGCAAGGGACGAAGUGACUUGGAGGUUAAUGCAGAAGGAUGACGAGCUCAGGGUCGCAGGGUUGCAGUGAGCUCUGAUCAUUGCACUCCAACCUAGGCGGCAGAGUGAGACCUAGCCUCAAAAAACAACAACAACAAAAAACGCUGUAAUAUAAGAGACAGCAUUCUCUGUCAUUGGAUUAUAUACAAUAAUCCCUGGCCAGUGUGUUUUUAAAGCAUACUGUUGAUCACCAAUGUGACUAAUGAUUUAAAUCACAUCAGCCAGACGCAGUGCUCACUCUGGGAGGCUGAGGCGGGUGGAUCUCUUCAGGUCAGGGGUUCGAGACCAGCCUGGCCAACAUGGUGACAACCUGUAUCUACUAAAAAUACAAAUAUUAGCUGGGCACACUGGCGCAUGCCUGUAAUUCCAGCUACUUGGAAGGCUGAGGCACAAGAAUCGUUAGAACCCGGGAGGUGGAGGUUGCAGAGAGCCAAGAUCGCACCACUGCACUCCAGCCUGGGCGACAGAGCGAGACUCCAUCUCGAAUGAAUCAAUAAAUGAAUCUUCACGUCAUUUCUGCUAAAGAAAAAGUAAUGUACUUGUGGUGUCUAGAGUUUUAUUGUGAUACCUAAGUCUAGGGAAUGUGGUAAAACCUCCGCAGCAGACCUAAAGCCUGCAAUUCAUGGUUGUGGCCAGAUAUUUUGCACCUGUCCUGUAUCUAGAAAUUGUUUCCGUGACGGUAAGGAAAGCAACUGGUGGAGAAUGUGGACAGUGAAUCCAAGGCAGAGGUUUUGCCCACUAACAAGCAGCUUCUAGCAGGGGAUGAAAGCCAGCCGAGUUCCAACCCGCACAAUAGUGGAGCCUCUCCACGCAGGCUCCACUACCAUGUUGAUUUCAGAAGAAAGUUUCUCGGGAUACUAAAGGAUUUACGGGCAGCUGACACCACUGGAGGAAAACGAAUUCACCUAGGGAACAGGGGAAGGGUUUAAGGUUGCCGCUCCAGGCACAGCUACCGGAAAUCCUAGCUUUUUUUUCUAUCUUCGCGGACAGCGGGCCAGCUCACGCCAGCUGGUAAAGCGAGAUGGCAUUUCCUCCUAGCGGGCGGAAGGGCAGCGCUUUCGCCCAACCAAGAACCCUGCUACCCCGGCUUCUCAACCUGGCUUCCGGUUUUCUCCCCGCCUAUUCCGUUUUCGGCAGUUCCCACUCCUCUUUUCGUCGGCCUUGGUGUUCCGCAAGCUGGUAAAGGAGGGAAAGUGGCCCAGAUGCUAAGUUCUAUGGCCGCCGCAGGAUCUGUGACGGCGGCGUUGCAGGUGACCGAGGUGCUGGAAGCCAUCGUGAGCUGCUGUGUGGGGCCCGAGGGGCGGCAAGUUUUGUGUACGAAGCCCACUGGCGAGGUGCUGCUCAGCCGGAAUGGAGGCCGCCUCCUGGAGGCGCUACACUUAGAACAUCCCAUAGCCAGGAUGAUAGUGGACUGUGUUUCCAGUCAUCUCAAAAAAACAGGAGAUGGUGCAAAAACAUUUAUUAUCUAUCUUUGCCAUUUGCUUAGAGGACUUCAUUCAAUCACAGAGAAAGAAAAGGAUUCUUUGAUGUGUGAAAACAUUCAAACGUAUGGAAGGCAUUGGAAAAAUUGUUGUCAGUGGAAAUUUAUUUCCCAGGCUCUCCUAACGUUUCAGACGCAAGUAUUAGAUGGUAUUAUGGACCAGUACCUAAGUAGACACUUUUUGUCUAUCUUUUCAUCUGCUAAAGAGAAGACAUUGUGUAGGAGCUCUUUAGAGUUGCUCUUAGAAGCAUACUUUUGUGGAAGAGUGGGAAGAAAUAAUCACAAAUUUAUUUCACAGUUGAUGUGUGACUACUUUUUCAAGUGUACGACUUGUAAAAGUGGGACUGAUGUAUUUGAGUUAGUGGAUGACUGCUUUGUAGAGUUGAAUGUUGGUGUUACUGGCCUUCCUGUUUCAGAUUCCAGGAUCAUAGCUGGGCUUGUGCUUCAGAAAGAUUUUUCUAGGUACUGCCCAGCAGAUGGUGACAUACGAAUGGUGAUAGUAACAGAAACCAUUCAGCCUCUUUUUUCCGCUUCUGGGUCAGAGUUUAUUCUAAAUUCAGAAGCACAGUUUCAAACAUCUCAAUUUUGGAUUAUGGAAAAGACAAAAGCAAUAAUGAAACAUCUAUGUAGUCAGAAUGUAACAUUGCUCCUAUCUAGUGUGAGACAACCAGAUUUAGUUAUUUAUUAUGCAGGAGUGAAUGGUAUAUCAGUAGUUGAGUGUUUAUCAUCAGAAGAAAUUUCUCUUAUCCAGAGGAUCAUUGGUCUUUCCCCAUUUGUACCACUACACGCCCUUUCACAGUGUGAAAUCUCUAACACUGCUUUGGUGAAAUUUUGUAAACCUCUUAUCCUUAGAUCAAGAAGAUAUGUUCAUCUUGGCUUGAUUAGCACAUGUACAUUUAUACCACACUGUAUAGUUCUUUGUGGACCAGUUCAGGGUCUCAUUAAACAACAUGAGGAUGCUUUACAUGGAGCAUUUAAAAUGCUUCGGCAAUUAUUUAAAGACCUUGAUCUAAAUUAUGUGACACAAGCUAAUGACCAAAGUGACACUGCAAGUCUUUUUAUUUGUAAGAACAGUGGAGAAAGUUAUAAGGUACCAGAUGCUCAUAAUGGCUCAAUACAGAAGCCUUAUCCGGACACAGUUAUAGAGAACAAAGAUGAAUUGGAAAAAACUCAAACAUAUUUAAAAGCAUAUUCAAAUUUGGCAAUUUCAGAUGUAGAAUUAGAAACAUAUAUUCCAUAUUCAAUCCCCAAACUGACACCAGCAGAUACAUUCCAAACAGAUGAAACGCUGAGAUGUUUGUCUUUGGAAAAAAACAGACUAAUUGGUGAUUAUGAAGCAUUACUCAAGAGUAGUUCCACUGCUUAUUCAACAAGAGGAAAUAAUAGAAUAGAAAUUUGUUAUGAAAAUUUACAGGUCACAAAUAUUACUGGAAAGGGAGGCUUGUUACCAGUGAGCUUCAAGUUACAGAAUAUGGGUACUUCCCAGAGUUACCUUUCCUCAUCUGUGCCAGCUGGUUGUGUUUUGCCAGUAGGUGGUAAUUUUGAGAUCCUGUUACAUUACUAUCUUCUCAACUAUGCCAAAAAAUGCCAUCAAUCAGAAGAAACCGUGGUUAGUAUAAUAGCUAAUGCACUUUUAGGCAUUCCCAAAGUCCUUUAUAAAUCUAAAACAGGAAAGGACAGCUUUCCACAUAUGUAUAUAAGAGCUGUCCAUGCACUGCAAACCAAUGAACCCAUAGUAAGCAGUCAGGCAGGUUUGGAAUCAGUAACUGGUAAAUGCCAGCUGCUAACUUCAGUUCUCCAGUGCUUGACAAAAAUAUUAACCAUUGACUUGGUAAUCACUGUUAAGAGACACCCUCAGAAAGUUCACAGUCAAGAUUCUGAAGAUGAACUAUAACAUUGGAAAUUUUAAAUUAACCAAACUUUUCAUCUUAAGCCAAGUAGAGCAGGCAUGUGACCACUGAUUGUGAAGUCAGUUCAGUCUACUUAGGAAAAUACCAUAACUUUAAAAGUUUUUAGAAGAAGCACACUAAGGUCACCAGACAAGAUGCAAAUAUUACAUUACUUUAUGGGACAAAACUAGUGGGGAAGCCAAGAUUUGGCUAAGUGUAUCAGUUUUUUCCCUGUUUUAUGCCUGUGUCUCAGUUCUGUGUUAGCCUAUGUGUUUAGAGGAGGGUGUUCCUUUAUUGCUCCUUUUUAUUCCUCUGUAUCUUUUUCACUCUAGCCCUCCUUUAUCUUUAUAUGUUUAGUUCAUAGAAUCAUUUAAUCUCUGAUGUGGAUGGGCUUAGUCUAAUUGUUUAUAAUAUUGAAUGUUAUUUGCUUUAAUUUUCCCUACUCAUACUUUAUAAAGCAGUGAGUAAAAGACUCAAAUUUUUUUUCAGAAAGCAUAAAAUUAAUUUUUACUUUUAUAUGGUCAUUGGUUUAUUGCCACUUCAUUUGGAAAACCUUGGAUAGAUUUUCACCUUCCAUAUACCUUUGGAUAUAUGUUAGUUGAAAUAUAACUGUAUUGUGAACUCUUUUAUUUCUUUAGUAAAAGGUUAAUACUAGAAAGGAUAUACAAUUAAUACUUUCGUUUUCUCCUGACCCAAGAGCUUGUAAGGAUAUUUUAUGUAUUUACUGUUUUUUCUUAUAUUUGAUGAAUAGCCAGAGUUCCACAGUAACAAAUAGUUUAUUUAUAUUUCUAAUGUUUAUUUCUAAUUUAUUUCAUUUACAGAUGUUCACAUUUUAUUUUAAAAGCUUAUUAAUGUAAUACCAUGCAUUUUGCCAUGGACAAGGACAGUAUCUUCUACAUUUAUUAGACUAAUGUGUUGACUAAUGUAUUUAAAAACUAUAAUAUCACAAUUUUUAUAUUAAAUAUAAUUCUUGGCUUUUUAAACAUUUAUGCUAUAUGAUACAUUAUUUUGUGUAUGUGAAUAUGGAGAGAAUAAAUUAGCUCUUUUAUGAAAUUCA